GUCUGGUCUCAAGCUGCUUGCUUUUGCAUUAUCAAUCAAAAUUCGCGACAAAUCUUCAUUGCCUGAGCGCGGCAGGCCACUCGUCUGAAAGGAGCUACACGACAGUCGAUCGUUGACCUCGGGCCAAACUAUCGCUUGAAAUGUGAAGAUCUUGUAUCGUAGGACUUGGAAUCCUUACAGAUGACCGCUCUGAUCGACGAUUCAGGCGUAUCUGCCCAAUGACGCCACGGCCGAAGUUUCGCACCAGGAUCGUCGUUUUGUUAUCGAGAACAGCUCAUGGCAGGCAAUCUAGGAGAGACAUUGAUGAGCAAGUGGCGCCAAGUCCAUACAUUCGCUUAAACAUCGCCGUCAGACUCGGCGUAGCUACCCUGCUUGUCUGUACGUCACCUGAGCCGUUGAACGACAGGCGAGAGAUCUGCUCAGUCCAAAUGACCAGAGAAUCUGGUUGAACAUUUUGGGUGGUGCUUAUAGUUUCGAUGCAGAGGCAGGGACAAUGCGAAAGCUUGAUGGUCUUGUAUGUAUCCCCUCUGACGUAACGUCGACAUCUCCACCGCCUCCACCGCAAUUCAAUCACACAUUUGAUCUCGUCUGCGCUCCCAAUGACUUGCGCCGAGAAAUUAAAUUUGUUGAAACGAUGGUGACUCGCGCGAGUGAGGCAUUUCUGAAGGAUUCCGACGAGAAUUUGGAUAUCGCAAGCUUCGAAUCAGCUUCAUCGCGCACCUCACGGCGAGGUGGCACCGAAGCUACGUUUGUUGAACAUGGCGAGAAGGAUGAAAUGUGGUUUGUACGGCUUCGCCAAGCGGAAUACGGAUAUCUUGAUGAACAAAACCAGGUUUAUCUCGACUUCACGGGAGCUGCUCUGGCCGCCAAGUCGCAGCUGCGCGCAUUCCAGACUCGUAUGGCCGGCGAGCUUUAUGGUAAUCCACAUUCGCAGAGCCCAUCAAGUGCUGCUGCGACAAAGUUGGUCGAUUGGACACGAACAGCCGUGCUGGAAUACCUCCACGCAGACCCUUCAGAAUACGCUGUUAUCUUCACGGCCAAUGCAACAGCAGCAGCGAAGCUGGUGGGAGAGUCAUAUGCUUUUGGCCCUCGCCGAAAAUUGGUCCUCACCUUUGAUAACCACAACAGCAUCAAUGGACUUCGGGAAUAUGCGAAGAAACGAAGAUGCCACACAACCUAUGUCCCAUCGGUAUAUCCUGACCUGACGAUCGAUCAUGCAGCGUUACAACGAGCCCUGGAGCCACGCCGACGGAUCUUGACCCGUUCGUUUACGGGACUAUUCGCCUUUCCGGCGCAGAGCAAUUUUUCAGGCGUCCGACAUCCGUUGGACUAUGUCGCCAUGGCGCAGUCCCGGGGAUUCGACGUACUUCUCGAUGCAGCCGCUUAUGUUCCGACCAACGAAUUGAAUCUGUCUCAAGUCAAGCCCGAAUUUACCAUCAUGAGCUGGUACAAGAUGUUUGGAUUUCCCACAGGCGUCGGUUGUCUAGUCGCGCGUAAAGAUGCGCUGAAGCGACUCAGAAGACCUUGGUUUUCAGGUGGGACCAUCGAAGCCGUCAGCGUAGGGAUACCAUGGCACCGAAUGACUUUGGACGAGAGUGCGUUUGAAGACGGCACACUCAAUUUUCAUGGCAUUCCGGAUGUUUUGAUCGGGCUUUCUUGGGUCAAUCGAAUCGGUAUGAGCUCAAUCCACGAGCACGUCCAAGUCAUCACAGCUUAUGGUCUUGAUCGUCUUCAGCAGGCGCGUCAUUCUGACGGAAAGCCCAUGAUCAUCGUCUACGGCCCGGCCACCAUGAAGCAUCGCGGCGGAACCAUUUCUUUCAAUCUCCUAGACCAAAAAGGAAAGAUGAUCGAUGAACGCAUUAUAGCGGAAGAAUCAGCGGACGCCAAUAUUUCACUGCGUACGGGAUGUUUCUGUAACCCCGGCGUGGGCGAAAAUGUGUUUCAGCUCCAAGUCAAGACUUUGCGCGGCUUGCUGUGGUCCAGGUCGCCUUCCAUUGAUGAGUAUAUUCGCUUGCUUGGCUUAUCUUCAGCUGGCGCAAUCCGGGUCUCAUUUGGUAUCGCCUCAACUACCAGGGAUGCGGAUGCACUGAUGCACUUCAUCUAUGAUAAGUAUCGCGACAGGAUAACAUCGAGCGAAGGACUUGCGUCACGGACGCGAUGUUGAGCAGGAUUUUGUCACUGUUUUCCUCAAACGAGCAAAUGUUGCUGAG